AAGUCAUCAUGGCGCUUACUUCAGCUGCUCUAGAGCAUCCCUUCAGCAAUUUGAUUGAAAGCCUAAGUGAAAAAUAUGAAGAUCGGAAAUAUUUCAGUUUACAGAAGCUCGGUGACUCUAGAUAUGAGAAGCUUCCUCUGUGUAUCCGCGUCCUGCUGGAGGCAGCUGUUAGAAAGUGUGAUGGCUUUUAUGUGAAGAAGAAGGAUGUGGAGAACAUACUGGACUGGCAGCAGCAACAGAAUGUGGCUGAGGUCCCUUUCUCUCCUGCCCGGGUCCUACUGCAGGACUUUACGGGUAUCCCUGCCAUGGUAGAUCUGGCCGCUAUGCGAGAUGCCGUGGCGAAGAAUGGAGUGGAUCCCAGCCUUGUCAAUCCCAAGUGUCCCACAGAUCUCAUUGUGGAUCACUCCCUACAGAUCGACUUCAGCAAAUGUGCCAUACAGAAUGCUCCCAACCCUGGAGGAGGAGAGGGCCAGGGGACCCCGGUCCACUCGUCCCCUGCCAGACCAACCCUCCGUGGGGGACAGUGUGGCGAUCAGAGGGGUGCAUGUAGCAAGGGCUCAUGCAGAGACCCGCCAGCCAGUUCAGGGCGAGGACCUGCCGUCCAAAUUGAGAACACACCGCUUCUCUGUCCUUUCCACCUGCAGCCUGUGUCAGAGGUCGAGACAGCGUUCAAGAACCAGGAAAUGGAGCUCAUCAGAAACAAAGAAAGGUUACAGUUUUUCAAGUGGUGCUCAAAAGCAUUUAAAAAUGUGAAUGUGGUGCCUCCAGACGUUGGGGCAAUACAUCAGGUGAACCUGGAGUAUAUCUCAAAGGUAGUACAGGAGAGCGAAGGCUUCGUCUGCCCAGACAGCGUGGUGGGCACUGAUUCCCACACCACCAUGGUCAACGGCCUGGGGAUCUUAGGCUGGGGUGUUGGAGGCAUAGAGUCAGAGGCAGUGAUGCUGGGUCAGCCUGUGUCUUUGACACUCCCACAGGUAGUAGGCUGUAAACUAGUCGGAUCCGUCAACACUCUGGCCACGUCCAUCGAUAUAGUGCUGGGAAUAACCAAGCAUCUACGGCAGGCGGGGAUCGGAGGGAAAUUUGUGGAGUUCUUUGGACCGGGCGUCGUGCAGCUGUCUGCUCCUGACAGGACGACCAUAGCCAAUAUGUGCCCAGAGUACAAUGCCACUGUCAGCUUCUUCCCUGUGGACAAUGUCACACUUGAGCACUUUAAACAAACUAACUUUAGUGAAGAGAGACUUGAAAUCAUGGAGGCUUACCUUAAAGCUAUGAAGAUGUUUAGGAGCUAUGACCAGCAGACAGAAGAUCCCCAGUACUCUCAGGUUAUUGAGAUCAACCUUGGCUCCAUCGUGCCCCAUGUGAGUGGUCCUAAGCGGCCUCAAGACAGGGUGGCAGUCAGCUGCAUGAAAGAGGAUUUUCUCAACUGUCUGAAUGAGAAGGUUGGGUUCAAAGGGUUCCACAUCGCCAAAGAGAAGCAGAAGGUCCUAGUACCCUUUCUGCACAAAGGAACAGAGUACAAAUUAGCCCACGGCUCCGUGGUCAUUGCCGCCGUCAUCAGCUGCACCAAUAACUGCAACCCCUCUGUCAUGCUGGCGGCAGGUUUACUAGCGAAGAAAGCCGCUGAGGCGGGCCUUACCGUCAAGCCUUACAUCAGAACCAGCCUGGCCCCGGGCAGCGGCCUGGUGACCCACUACCUCAACACCAGCGGUGUAUUGCCUUAUUUAAGUCAGCUAGGGUUUGAGGUGAUAGGAUAUGGAUGUGCCACCUGUGUAGGGAACACUGCGCCUUUACCAGAAAAUGUAGUUGAUGCCAUUAAACAGGGUGAUUUAGUCGCAUGUGGGGUGCUCUCUGGAAACAGACAUUUUGAAGGGCGCCUGUGCGAUUGUGUCCGUGCCAACUACCUAGCCUCACCGCCACUGGUUGUGGCUUAUGCCAUCGCCGGUACUGUCGACAUCGACUUCGAGAAGGAGCCUCUGGGGGUUACCUCAGAGGGGAAAGAGGUGUACCUGCGGGAUGUUUGGCCUUCUAAAGAGGAAGUCCUUCAUAUAGAGGAGCACACCGUCAUUGCCUCUAUUUUCAGGGAUGUGAAGAUUAGGAUGGAGAAAGGAAGCAAGUUUUGGAACAACCUUGAAUGUCCAGAGUCAGUAAUGUUCCCAUGGGAUCCCAAAUCAACGUAUAUUCGAUGUCCUCCCUUCCUUAACAAAUUUGAUAAAGAGAUGUCCGGUCCUCAGUCCAUUGAGAAUGCCCAUGCUCUUCUCUUCCUGGGAGACAAUGUGACCACAGACCACAUAUCACCUGCUGGCAGUAUCGCGCGGGUCAGUCCAGCGGCCAAGUACCUGCAGAGCAAACGCCUCACCCCUCGUGAGUUUAACUCUUACGGUGCUCGGAGAGGAAACGACGCAGUGAUGACCCGCGGCACAUUCGCCAGCAUUAAGCUCCAGAACCGUUUCAUAGGCAAGACCGGCCCCAAGACCCUGCACAUUCCCUCUGGUCAGACAAUGGACGUUUUUGAAGCUGCAGAGCGAUAUCAGCGAGAUGGCAUUCCCCUUAUAAUCCUGGCUGGAAAGGAGUACGGCUCAGGCAGCUCUCGUGACUGGACAGCCAAAGGUCCCUACCUGCUGGGGGUGCGGGCAGUGAUAGCCCAGAGCUUUGCCAAGAUGCAUAAGAACCACCUGGUUGGCAUGGGCAUUGCCCCACUGCAGUUCCUCCCUGGAGAAAACGCCGAUUCCCUGGAGCUCAGCGGUAAAGAGAGAUUCACCAUCACAAUCCCAGAGGACCUUUCCCCUCAACAAGAGCUCACAGUCAAGACGAACACUGGAAAGACCUUCAGAGUCAGAGCGCUGUUUGAGAACCAGGUGGACGUGGCAUUCCACCAACACGGCGGCGUCAUGAAAUACGUGGCACGGAGAAUGCUUCAGUAGCCCCGCCCACCACACCAAGGUCAUUUGACUGGCGCAGCGGAACGACACUGUCUCUCUGGUUCAAAAGAGAAAAAGAGAAGUAGAAGUGCAGGGUGGCUUGACACAGCGUGCAAAGGCUUCAGGAGUGAUCGGUCUUUGUUUGCUUCAGUGCUGAGACUGGACCAAUUUUGCCGCAGCCCCUGUAAGCAGGCCCCGCCCUCUCAGCAAGCGUGCGCUUGUAGUGCUGACAUCAUCCAUCCCAGUGCAUCGGUCCCCACGGACUCAUCUGUCCUUGCACUUACAAAUAUGUCCAUUUACCUCUGUUUGGGAUGUCUGCUAAUAUCUGCUCUGCAGUACAUUGUUGAACUUUUUUUUUUUCUUUUGAGAUUUACUGUCAAGUGUCAUAAUUAAUGGUGCUGAAGUUAAAGAGAAACUCAACGUAAUGCCCUCAUGAGUGGUGCUUCUUGAAGUGAUUCAUUCACAAAGUCAUUAUCGCGCUGCAGUUCACGAGCAAGCGUACUUACCUUCAUAAUGGCAAAAAAAUUGCUAAAAUUUCAUAUGUACCAAAUAAUAAUUUAAAAGAAGAAGCUGAUGUGUGAAAUGUCUCACUAAAAUGUUUAUCUUUCAGUCAUUUCUUCCUUUUCCUCUUGUUCUAUUAUGAUUCAUAGUUAGUUUUGCCAUGCAAAUUUUUUACCUCACCUACUGCUGGCUACAUUAAAAGGCACUGUUUUUUUUCUGAUUCAGUGUAUGUCUCUUCUGAAAUGAUGGAUGGAUUGAACCUAUGGUUCUUUGGGUAAUGCUAUAUUGUAAUAAAUACAAUACACAUGAAUGAGUAUUUCUUUAGUGUUUUGUCUUAGGCUGUCCACGGAGGCUGUCACUUUUGUUCUAAAGAAUAAAAUUGUCGUCCACAGUGAACCUUAUUAUUACAGUGGUGUUUCCUUGCAAACAUUUUUAAUGUCACUCCUGUCCAUUGCCAAAGCAAUUUUCCACAAGGAAUCUGAUAUGACCUUGAUUCACCUUUAGUAGUCCAACUGCAUCGUGGGUAUUUGUUGCCUUGAUAUACGCUGCUUUUCUCCACAUUGUUUCAUAUUGGUGUUGAACCAUUUUGACAAGAAAGGACAAUCAAAUCUGUAUUUCAGUUGUACAUCUCAUCAUCCUAUUGUAAAAUCAAGUUGUUGUUUUUUUCAAGAAGCAUGCACUUUCAACAACAUGGUGAAUUUCGGUCUACAACACGACUGUGAUGUUAUUGAUUCCUUUUAGUCAUGUUUAGCAGAUGUAUGAUUUUUGGUGGCAACUGAAACAGCAUGUGACUGCAGCAGUCACAGAGAAGCACUGGCAAAGGGGAAGUGGAGGAAAGAGGCUGACAGAUCAUUCUGUUCCGACUUUAUCCUGUUAUUCUUUUAAUAAAGGAUUACAUAUUUACAA